AUGUCGGGCAAGGGCGAUGGUCCCUCGAAAAAAGACGUCAACGAUGCAGACGGUCUGAGUGAACUGCUUGACGAUGCUCUCAAAGGAUUCACCGACCGUCCUCGAACUACUGAUGACGAGCUGGAUGAGAUCAUGGAAUCGGCAUUGACGCAAGCAGCAGCUCAGAAAGCAGCCGGGGAUUUCCAGCAGAUGCUUCAGCAGAUGGAAGCUUUGCGGCAAGCCGAAGCUUCUGGGCAGCAAGUAACUGAAAUCGACAAGGAAGCUCAGGACAUGAUUGAAGCUAUGAAAGCACUCAUGGAAAGCAGUGGAAAGAUUGCGAACGCCACUACCCAUGACGACUUCCUGGCCGGCCUCGAUACGCUGAAAGGGCCCGGUUCCCCAAUGGAGCCAUUUAUGUCCAUGAUUCUCCAGGUACUACUUUGA